UGCAACGUCAAUCUCAUUGGUUGAUAGAAAUCGUGAAAGAAAUCGUCGAGAUCAUGGAUCUACUGGGAUCUAUCCUGAAAUCUAUGGACAAGCCGCCGACAACGAGCGACAAGCAGAAAGAGCUUAUGAAAAAACAGCGGGAGGAAUAUCAGAAGCGUCAGAAAGUCGAGGCGGAGAAGCUGAAGCUCUUCCGGGAGAAGGUUGAAGAGACAAUUAACAAGUUUCUGCAAGAUGACAAUGCCAAGGACUACAAAUUCACUACUAUGGACCAACUACAUAGAAGUAUCGUUCACGACGUAGCAGAGGUAGCAAACGUUUGGGCGUACUCCUUUGGCCAGGAAGGCGUUGAUCGACACAUCAUGAUCUUCAAGAGGGAGCACGCACCUUCGGAAGAUCAACUGAACACACUGCGCAAGGGAGAAGAAUGGAACGAGGAGGUUGCAAAAAGACUGAAAGAGGAGAGAGCGAGGAAAGCGCGGGAGGAAGCAGAGUACGCAAAGUCUAAGAAACAAAAGGAUGAUUUUGUACCCAAUAGUUACUACAAGGACAAGUAUCAACACUUGAUCGGUAAAGAGGCUGCUUUAGAAGCUGCUAGAAAGACGGAAGCCAAUAGCAGUUAUGGAUGUGUUCCUAGCAAAAACAAGAAGGACCAAAGAAGCAUAGAACAAACUCUGGCCGACAUACGCGCCAAGAAGAGGAAACUGGAGAUGAAUAACGAAACUAGCAGCGACAAGAGUACAAAAUAGUGAUAUUACGUAAUUAUAUAUAUAUAGAGUGGCGUAUAUAAAUUAUCUACAUAUCUAAUUAAUUAACUGUAAAUAAUACUUUUUCGUAUUAGGUAUGUUAUCUUAUUGUAAAUCAUUGCAUUACAUCAGCGCCAUCAGCGGAGUUUUAUGCGUGAUAGUCCGAGCUAUUAAAUUUCAGAGUUCACUUA